UCAAGUUACUGUACUUUCUGCAAUGCAUUUUACAGACUGAAUGCAUUGUACCAGACUAGACCGAAAGAAAUGUGCUCUCUGUCCUACUGAAGACCUCGCCAGACAGGCAGAUGCACAUUUCUAUUUGGAGAGAAUUUUUCUUUUCUGGAAAUUCUCUUCUUUCUAUUCCAACUGAGAUAAGGCAAUUGGAUCACUAAUUUAAUUUUUUUAAAGUGAUUUCCUGUUUUCAGUUCACCUAUUUGAACUAAGCUGAAAAUUUAUUAAGAAAGCCAAAGAAUCCCUGAAAACAUUAGUGUUGUGUUAGACUAAGUUUCAUAAUCAACAAUGUUCUGAAUGCUUCUUUUUUCUUAAGUCCUACUUCUGAUAUCAUCUGUCCUUGUCUCUUACUGCUACAUAUGAAAGAGAAAUAGUUUUAUCAUAAUUGUCUUAUCCUGUAAAUACUUAUAAAAACUUACAAAAUGGCUCAGACUAACUCCAUUAUUUUGACUCAAAGGUUAAACCUGUUGUUUCAUUAUCACAAACUAUAAGUAAACUUAAUAUUUAAUUUCUUCAUGGAAAAAAUUUUCAUGCUUCAACACAUAAACAGUUUCCAUGUUAAUAAUAAAAAAUUAAUCCAGUUUUCAGUAAUUGAUUGCAUUUCAUUGGGCAUUUUACUACUACCUGUAAAUUUGGGGGAAGAGUCCCCAAGACAGCAGAGUUAUUCUCCAAAACCUGUAAUUGGGCUCCUUGCAGUUUUCAACACCCAGAUCAGUUUUACUACAGCUGUAGUCCAAAAUAGCGACCUAUAUUUUGCUCAAAACUCUUGAGCUUUCCUGACAAAACUUCAGUUUUAUCAGAGGGUAGAUUUGAUUGCAACAAUGGCAGCUUUUUUCCUGAGUUGUCCUGGGUACUGUUAAUUAAGAUGUUAAUGAGGUCCUGGACUUAAUUCUGCAUGAAUGAAUAUUGUAAAGAUGCAGUACUUCAUAGCAGAAAAAAAUCCAACUUGUAAACAGUUGACUAAUUAAAAUUGUAAGAAUAUAGCAUCCACUCUAGUAAUUAAGUCUAGAAAACGGGAGAAAGACUAAAAGCUAGUGGCAUGUAAUUACAGUACAGUUUAAAAUUAAUAUCUUUGAGAUGUAUGUGUUUUCAAAAGAGUUUCUUUCCUGUGAGUUGAUUAUCUGAAAACAAGAUGGAAACGAGGGGAAACAGAAGGUAUGGGGUUGAAAUUAUUGUUGUUUGUGUAGUGAGCAUGGCACAGUGUAAGGUAUGGAAAUAAGCACAUAUUGCCUGCGAUUUUGUAACAAUUGCAAACACAGAUGGUUUGAGAGAAAACUAAAUAAUUCCACCCACAUGAAGACAGGGAAGUCUAACAAUAGUCACAGCUUUUUAUCACCCUGUUUCUCUAGCAGUCUCUAUCCUCCUGUCUCUUACACAUCCUUUGUCUAUGGAUAAGUAACAGUGUGUGAAGCUGCUGUGGGGUGCAUCAAGGCCAUGAGGACCGCACUAGGCUGGAGCUGCCUCACCCCACUGUGCAGGGGGGCUCCAUCCACCCUCUGCUGGCACAGGCAGUAUCCUCAGCAGCAGCACCCAAAGAGCACAACUACAGAGGCAGGCAGUGAUGGGUGCCAGGUUCAGCCUGGAGUCACCAGGUGAGUGCACAAGGAUCAGUCAGGUCAGCAAGGCAGAGCAUACUUGUAGCAUGGUUUGGGUCGGGCCUAAUUUCAGGUGCAGCUCACAGCUCAGGAAGUGGAGGCUGGUCAGGGCAUUCAGAGGCUGUUGGUGGGUGCAGUGCCCCCAUUGACAUCUAUUUCUGCCAUAAUGCUUGUGAAAAGCAGAUAAUGACUUUUCAUUGCCCAGAUGGCUGUGAAGGCUCGGAGAGAGCAGUAGAGCACUUUGGAUUUGCUCCUGACUUGUAAAAACCAGGUCCCCAAACCAUUGUCUCACCCAGCCUGGGUAAUCUUCAAAAACCUCAAUUCAUAGCUUUUUCACUCAUUUUACUUUUCUUCCCAUUGUUUGUUUUUGCUCUUUUUGCCUGGCUAGAUUUAUAGUUUGCUUAUAUCACUUUUUGUGCUUUUUUUUUUUUUUUUAACUGGAGUUUGCAUUGUGUUAAGAGCUGUUUUCAAAUAGACAAGCCAGGAAAAAUGCAAAUAUUUUGUUUUCUGAGUCCAGGAGACUUGCUUAUUUCAAUCACACUACGAGAACUGGAUAAUUAGAUACUGUAAAGGCUGGGAGAUAUGCCAUGGUUGUUACACUGGGUGGAGAUCUUGUGAGUAGAACAUCUCAGCUGAAGGCAGGUAGGAGGGCACUGCUGUAACAGCUGGGGAACAUGUUCUCUUAUGAGUCCAGCAGAUUCUGACCCUGAAUUUUAGUGCAAAUACACCAGAACAGGUGAGCACAAGAACUCAAGAGCUUUCCUGAGGUUUUAAGAUUUGAUAGACCGUACUUAGAGUUUUCUUCUGGUGUCAGUUUGGAUAAACUUUCAGUGUCGUGGUAUUAAACCUGUUCCCUAAUGUCAUAUGUUCCUAGAUAAAACUGAUUGUAAAAGAUUAUCUCCUAUGUGUUAUGUGACAGGAGGAAGCAACAGAAUAUAGAAGAUCAGCCUCUUGUUAAUUAAGGUGCAAUUUUCUAAGUCCUCAUAGGAAGAAUGGUUAGGCUGCUUUCAUAAUAAUUACAGAUGAACUUUCAUAAUAUACAUUCUAUAUUAAGACGCUUCAACUCUGACUGACACUGAAUUUUCUUGGUUUUGCCAGUUUGACUGUAUUUCCCCACUUGAUUAAGUUACUUAGGAGAAAUCACCAGAGAAGACGUUUUGCUUUCUGCAGCAGAAUAGUUGAUCUGAAUUGUGAUAAGCAAGGAGCAUGAGAGAAUGGAAAUGCGAUUCUUGUCCAUAUCUAUUUCGGAAGGAACUGCAUCUAUUUCCUGUUCCCACAGCUAAGCUGAAGAUGUUCUGCCAUGAUAGAGCAUACGUGUUGAUUCCUGAUGAAAGCGGGAGGCUGAAGAUGGGAUAUUCCCUCCCUUUGGGGUGACUGAAGGGGGGGAUUGUAGAGCAGCUACUUUCGCCCUGGGGGGGAUUGUAGAGCAGCUUGGACUGCCUUUGUGUUGCAAGGCUCUAGCCUGCACUCUCUCUGGCUCUCUGUCCCACAGCUCUGCGUGUCUGGGUGCAGAGAGGAGCUGCUGUCUCAUUAUCCCCUGCAGUGGGAAAAGGGUUAGGGUCAGAGUGGGCACAGACUUGUGUCAGGAAAGGCACAAAACAGAAGGAGAGGUAUGGCCAGAAUGAAACCACUGUUCUUCUGGUGGCCUGAUCCCUAGACUUGAAAGGCUCAGUACCAUGUGAAAUGAAGCAAUGGAUACUUCCCUUCAGUUACCUCUGAGGAAAGUGUCUCCUUUCUCUCCGAUGAGCAGUUGCAUUACAGAGACCUGUGCAUUCCCAGAGCAGUUACAUCCCCUUAGCUGGUGGAAAGCCCUGACUUGUGUGAGCACUUCCACUGCUACAAUACCUGUAGUCUUUCCUUUUCAUUUCAGCAGAGGUGUGCUGCUGCCAAGCUACAUAUUAUUCCUAUCAAGCAGCAUCAGUGACUGCUGAAAGCUGAAAUUUUAUUUAUUUGGUUUUUUAACAAUUCUUCAGGUUCCUUAUUUGCAGAUCCACUCUUUAAGCAGGCUGAAAAUAUGAGACAGCAAACUGUUUUCCUUUCCCAAAUUUGUCCUAUGCUGAGGCUGUGAAACUUGUUGAGGCUUGUGGUUCUGACAUUUAACUUAAGGGAAUACCCCAGUGUAAAAGUCUGAAAUUCCCUUGCUUUGGAAAAUAAGGUCAGUUGUAAUGACCCUAAGCAGUGAGUGUAUUAUGAUGGGGAGAAGGCAAGGAGCUGACAAUGAGAGAUCCUGGAAGCUUUUAUAAGGAGGACCUUUUUGUUUUCAGGGGAAGGGACUGGUUGCUAACAGGCAAUGCUGGGCCAUGCCUCUGUCACUGGCAUGUGAAGGAGUUUAUUUCUUUUUGUAAUAUAAAAGAGCAAGGGAACAAAUAUCUGCUGCAAACAAAGGUAUCUAUUAUGUACCCAAACACCAAGAACCUUGCAGGAGUCCUGGGAUCUCUAUGCAGCCCUCUGCGAAGCUCAACUGGAGCCAGCCUCUCCAAGAUCUCUGCCUUCGUGUUGUCUUCAGACUUCAUUGCACUGGCACAAGGGUAAAUUGAUGGCUGCAGAUGGGUUUCCACCAGUCUGGGAUGAGAGAAGUGCAUGCAGAUCUGUUUAGCUGCAGUUUGUUGCUCUUGCAGAAAGUGUGAAAUUACUUACCUGUCUAGGGGUGAUAAUAAAAUAAUUAAAAUAAUUAUUACUUCAUCACACAGGUCUUCUCCUCUUACAUCAGACUGGCACAUUUCAAGCCUGCUGGCCAGCUGGCAGCUUUCUGGCUCAGCACAGGUCUGUACUGAGAGGCUUUUCCCUGCAUGGGGACUUGCCCGAGCAAAACACAAAGCUGACUGGAGGCUGCAGCCCUGUGUGUCAGAGCAGCAUGGGCACCAUUAGUGUUUCUUGCAUCUUUGAUCUGAAUUUUGUAUUCUUAGGCAGUCUCUCAUGGCAGGAUUCUACUGGCAGUGCACGUUAGCUGAAACACAUGGCCAGAGCCCAGAAAUGAGCAUGGCAAUUUCAUUGCAAGAUGGCUGUAAUUUUCACCCAAUAUGUGAAAUACAAACUGCAUUAAUUCUCCUGAGCUUUCUACCGGUUCUUUUGCUGUGUGGCUUGCUGUGUUUUGCUGACACUACUUACCAGGGUCCCCAUCUUUGUGAGAGAAGGGCUCUACCUGAAGGUCUGGCAUACAGAUACCACCACAGACAAAGAGAGGGGCUGUGGUAUCUCAGAAUGGAGCAGACUAAUGAGGAAUUUUGUGUCUUGAUGACACCAUGAAAGUGGAAUGGGUUGGAAAAUCAAUCAGAUUCCUUCUCUGAUUACUGUGUAACUCAAUUACUGCAGUCUCCCUGGGGCCCAAGGCAACAAGCAUCUCAGAGGAAGUGCAGAAGAAAGGCCUCUGAAAUAGAGCUAUUGUGGACAAAGGCAAGAUCUUGCUGCUGUGCAUUCCAGACUGAGAGAGUAUACUAUGAAUAAUGAAAAGGGCUGGGGAAAUGUACUGGUGACACUGGACUCUGGGGUUUGAGUGGUAAGACCUGUAGCUCAGCUAGGAAUGCACUGACAGUUCUUGAUAAAAGGUGUCAGAUGAUACCCAGGAUCUUCCAUGUGCCUUGGCAUGAAUGUACCAGGAGCUCCAAAUACUCAUAUUCUGGUCAGUGGUUUUGGGUAAGUGCUGGUCCUGAGCAUUUGUACUGAUCUCCCACAAUCAUUUCCAAGCACUGGAAAUAUCUGGAGAUCAGAUGUUUAAACCACAGGGUUAAGGUUGCUAUCUUGGUUUCAUAUCACAUCAGUUGCUAUGUGGUUUAGCAGGUGAUAAUUCAAAAAGCAGUUUGUGUUUCACAUUAACACUGUAUAUCAUUAGGAAACAGAACAUCUAAGUUUGAUAAAGCCUUUGUCUUAAUGCUGGUGGUCUGUGGGAUAUCUGACCUUACAGCUGAUGCUCUCUGAUCUGGAGGUGCUUUUCUGGCAGGAUGGGUGCCUGCUGAGCCUGCGUCCUUGGACCUCUGAACGUUCUUGCUGUGCAUUCCGACUGCCACCUCCCUAAAUUCACACUGAGGCAGUCCUGACAGGAGUUAAGAGUGGACCUCAGUUUAUCUAGAAACCUGUUUUUUUUGUGGUGUUAGAUUCCCAGGAGUUUGAUGUCAAAAGAGGACACAGCUAUUUUCUUUUCCUUUAAGAGGGAAUAAUUUUCACUGUAAUUCUAUUUUUUUUUUUCUUUUUCCAGUAUAGCUAUUUCUCAGCUUUUCGGGUAUGACUGGUUUCUGACAGUUCUCCUGCCUUGUAAUAUAAAUUCUGUUCAGCGUAUUUGUUUGUUGGGUUUUUUUCUCUUUUAUUUUGAACUUAAACCAGCUGAUGCAGUCCCCAAAGAAAGAAAUGCAUCCCGUGCCAGCUGGCGUGCCCUCUGGCUGUGAAGCCUUGUUAAAGAGAUCGGAGCUGACAGAUUCUUGAGCAGCAAUCUGAUACAGGCCUUUUCUUUUUUUUUUUUUUUAAUUUGCUUUUUUGAGCUCACCCUUGUAACAAAUGGGGCUUGUUUGGGAGCUUCGCUAGAGGCUUGAAUGGAAUCAUUGUUAUCAAAACACUGCUGUGAUUCAGAAGUGCCCAGCAAAGGGGGUUCUUCUCCCUGGUGCCCCUCAGCUGGGCACUGCAGGUGUGGCAGCCUAGCUUAAACUCUGGUUUCAUUCUUAUUCUGUGGAAUAAUCCAGUUGUCCUGUGAUUUUCAUCUUUAAACUGAUAACUGGGAAACUGAAGCUACAGUUCUUUACAAAAGAGAGUCAGUUCAAAAGUUAAAAUUAGUUUGGAGGGAUGAAUGAGUCCAUCCAGGGAAGAGAGGUGUUUUCCAUGUUGGUGCUUUGGGGAUAAAGAGUUGUAAAAGUAGAACCUUGCCAGGCUUUUGCAUAAAUCAACAUAUUCUUGACUUUCUUACCAUUACCCUGGUGUUUAGAUUAUAAAUUCUACCCCAGAAACACUUGCUUGGAAAUUCAUAGAAGUAACAUUUAGCCUCCUGAGUUCCUCUUUGCAUUAUUUUCCCCUGCAAAACCAACUUUGUGUCUAAUACGUGUUAAAAUAGUGAAUCUUUAAAUCCAAAAUAGUUUUUAUGUUUCUGUUUUAUUCAGUGGAAUUGACAAGCAAAAGGAAGCGAGUUAUUUGGGAUGGCAAUAACUUGGAAUUCUCAGGUUUAUCCAUCAAAAUUGACUAUUAUUGGAAUCUGAGUGAAGUGUUCAGCAUGAAUUUGUUGCACAGGAGUAGAAUGAAGAUCACUUCUCAUAUAUGCAGCAUUGUGAUAUGCGUGGAGCCAUGUAUUACUCUGUCUUACAAGGAAUUCACCUCAUAAAAAAGAUACAGCAUUCUUUGUAUGUUUCUCUUUUACCUCUCUCUGCCCUGCUGAGUUCUGCCUCUGCCGGCUUCUGCCUCUCUGCAGCUUUGAAGCUGUAAUGCCAAGCAGAAAGGUGCUAACACUGGAGUCUUCUCUGCAGAGUCAGUGAGAUGGGAAGGGCUUGUUGUGGAGGUGCAAAGGCUAUUUUCCGGGCUGCUUUUGGAAGGUGGCACAUGUUUUUGGGUACUGAGCUGAUACACUUGAAUUCCUGGUGUAUUACAGGGACUGAACUUGACUUGAGAAGUCACGUUCUAUGCUCUGUCCAGGGAGUCAUAUAUUCAAAAUCAGUAGCAAGAAAAAGAUAAAACUAUACAAGUUCUGGUUUUUACAUCUUCACAUAGUUAUUUCUCGCUUUCUCUCCCCUGUCCUUUUUCCAGUAAAAAGUUAACAGUAUGUAGAGACAAAACUGAAAGAUAAGUUGUCUGUGAUGAAGAAAGCACUGCUUAUUGUUGCUGACUGAGCUGGACUUCCAAAGUCAGCUCUGUCAUUACAGAGGCCAUUUGGGAAUGGAGACCCCAAUCCAUUUUGAAUCUUGGGAACAGGGAUAAUUCUACCAAAAAUCCUGAUCCGUCUGCUGUGUUGCAGUGCAACCUUCAGUAAGUUUUGCUGUGUCUCAGUUUCUCCAGUGGAAAAUUAUUUGUGUGAUAUACUUCACAUUGAUAGUCUACAGCUAUUCUGAAAGCCUCAUCAGUGCUGAGGUUUCAUUGUGCACUACACAAACCAAUCCCUGCUCUGCUGAGCUUAUAGCAGAGGCGUUGUUUGAGGUAAUACUUAAUGAUCAUCAUAAGGCUUGUGUAAAGAGCACUCUGACUCUUUUCCAUCUGCUGUCAUAAAGUUAGCAGUAUUGUAUCUCUUCAUAAAAUCUGUUUGUGAUUUUUGUCUCUGCUUCAAGCUGCACCAACAGUUAGGAAAACAGCCUGGUGGGAGUCUUAAGAGUGGGACUUUUGGCCUCAUCUGUGAACUGAUAUGUCCCCUGACUCAGAAGGACUUUUUUCUGUCUAGUAAUACACAUUACAAAAUAAGCAUCGGUCUCACAAGUAGUUCCUUUUCUGGUGGAGCUGGUUGUUGGAAACCCCUGCCUUUACUAUAUAAGAAACUUACGCAUGCCUUAAACUCAUAGACAAACUAGUCUUCUCAUAUUCUUUGUAAUAUCAGAAUGGUAGUAACAGAAAAGCUCACAAAUGGGAGGAAUGGAGAAAGGAUGAAGAUCUCUUUUAGUAAUAUUAUUCGCUAUUGCUUUCUUGUGCCUCCUGGUGUUGCAAGCUGUGCCAGUUGAGCAGGUGGUUAGAGGGUCUGUAUGUGGUGGAGCACAUCUACAGGAGUUGGGGGUGUGACUAAAAAAGCUUUUUAAAUAAAAAAAAAGUGGUUUAAUUUUUACAGAGAAGUCAUCAUGAACAUGACUGAUUUGGUGAGCAACAUCUAGCAUUGAGGGUGCUCUUGCAUUGUUCUGGGAGACGCGGCAGAUGUGCCCCAAAAAUGUACUUGUAUUCCAGGAAAGGCUCCAGGGUAUUGCUAUGGGAUGCAAAAAGAAGAUGCCAUCAUGUGAAUGUGAAACAUCUAAAUGAGAAACAGGACACAUGGGAAGGCUGAGCUGAAACUGCUUGUGCACAGAAUGACAGACUGAUUUGCUACUGGAGACGAGAUUCUGUAAACCUUGUUCUUCCGGAGACUUCUGAGUGAGAGGAGAGGAGCCCGAGGAAGCGCACAAAAGAGCGAUGGGAAUUGAGGGCCAUGGUUACCUGAGAUAAAUGGCAGAUCUCUGGGAGUCUCGCCUUGUAGCUGUUUGCUUUAGCUUUUUCUCUCUCUGCAGCUGCACUUUCUUUUUUGUGAGCUGCUGCUGGGCACUGCCACGGCGCCACUGGAGAUUCCAAGCGCGACGUGGGUCCGGAGCGUGAGGAGGGGGUGAGCCGCCCGCCUCACCAUGAUUCAGCUGUGGAAAGUGGUGCGACACGUGCGACAGCUGGAGCUCCACAGAUUGAUCCUGCUGCUCAUUGCCUUCAGCCUGAUCUCCAUGUGCAUCCUGGCUUAUUACGUCACUAACAGUCCUAAAAUCAAGGAGCCGCCACCCCUGCCCUUCAGUGACUGCAGCAGCCAGCACCGUGUCUUGAUCCCACCGCAAGCCAGCUGGAGGCUCACCAAGUCUGUGGACACGUCGCGCACGGAUCCUGUGGUGCUCGUCUUCGUGGAAAGCAUUUACUCCCAGCUUGGGCAGGAAAUAGUGGCCAUCCUGGAAUCCAGCCGGUUCAAAUACAGGACAGAGAUCGCCCCUGGCAAAGGGGAUAUGCCCACCCUGACGGACAAAGAUAGAGGACGCUAUGCUCUAAUUAUCUAUGAGAACAUCCUUAAAUAUGUGAAUCUAGAUGCUUGGAACCGAGAGCUGCUAGACAAAUACUGUGUGGAGUAUGGAGUGGGAAUUAUAGGCUUUUUCAAAGCUAAUGAGAACAGCCUGCUCAGUGCACAGCUCAAGGGUUUCCCCCUUUUCCUACAUUCCAACUUGGGGCUGCGGGACUAUCACAUCAAUCCUAGUGCUCCCCUGCUCUAUGUCACCCGGGCUAAUGAGGUGGAGCAGGGUCCUCUGCCUGGUGAUGACUGGACUGUGUUUCAAUCAAACCACAGCACCUAUGAGCCGGUGCUGUUGGCCAGCACGAAAUCCUCGGAGUCCAUUCCUCACCUGGCCACUCACAAAGCAUUGCAUGCCACAGUGAUGCAGGACCUGGGUCUGCAUGAUGGGAUCCAGCGGGUUCUCUUCGGCAAUAAUCUCAAUUUUUGGCUGCACAAACUCAUCUUCGUGGAUGCCAUUGCCUACUUGACUGGCAAACGCCUCUGUCUGACGCUUGAUCGCUAUAUCCUUGUUGACAUCGAUGAUAUAUUUGUGGGAAAAGAGGGCACUCGCAUGAAAGUGUCUGAUGUAGAGGCUUUACUGAGCACUCAGAAUAAGCUGAGAACUUUAGUCCCAAAUUUCACCUUCAACCUGGGCUUCUCAGGGAAAUUCUACCACACAGGUACAGAUGAGGAAGAUGAAGGGGAUGACAUGCUGCUCAAGCACAGGAAAGAGUUCUGGUGGUUCCCUCACAUGUGGAGUCACAUGCAGCCUCACCUUUUCCACAAUGUCACUGUGUUGGCUGAGCAGAUGAAGCUGAACAAGCAGUUUGCUGUGGAGCAUGGGAUUCCCACAGACUUGGGCUAUGCUGUAGCACCCCAUCAUUCUGGGGUUUAUCCUGUCCACACACAGCUCUAUGAGGCAUGGAAAUCUGUUUGGAGCAUCCAAGUAACGAGCACAGAGGAAUACCCACACCUACGGCCUGCCCGGUACCGGCGUGGAUUCAUCCAUAAUGGAAUCAUGGUUCUGCCUCGACAGACCUGUGGUCUUUUUACUCACACUAUCUUCUAUAAUGAAUAUCCUGGUGGCUCAAAGGAGUUGGACAAGAGCAUUCGUGGUGGUGAACUCUUCCUGACGGUGCUUCUGAACCCAAUCAGCAUCUUCAUGACACACCUGUCCAACUAUGGCAAUGACCGUCUGGGACUGUACACUUUUGAGAGCCUGGUCAAGUUUGUGCAGUGCUGGACCAACCUUCGCCUGCAAACAUUGCCUCCAGUCCAGCUUGCAAAAAAGUACUUUGAAAUCUUCCCGCAGGAGAAGAAUCCCUUGUGGCAGAAUCCCUGUGAUGAUAAAAGGCACAAGGAUAUCUGGUCAAAAGAGAAAACAUGUGAUCGACUCCCCAAGUUCCUCAUCGUGGGACCUCAGAAAACUGGCACAACAGCUGUGCACUUCUUCUUGACCAUGCAUCCAGCUGUCACCAGUAACUUCCCAAGUCCAUCCACCUUUGAGGAGAUCCAGUUUUUUAAUGGCCCCAACUAUCACAAAGGAAUCGAUUGGUACAUGGAAUUCUUUCCCAUUCCCUCCAAUGCCAGCACAGACUUCAUGUUUGAGAAGAGUGCCAAUUACUUCGACACUGAGGUGGUACCAAAACGUGGUGCAGCACUGCUGCCUCGAGCCAAAAUCAUUACUGUUCUGAUCAACCCUGCUGACCGAGCCUAUUCGUGGUAUCAGCACCAGCGUGCUCACAAUGACCCUGUGGCGCUCAAUUACACCUUCUACCAAGUGAUCUCUGCGAAAUCCCAGGCCCCGCAGGAGCUGCGCAACCUGCAGAGCCGAUGCCUGUUCCCCGGCUGGUAUUCCACUCACCUGGAGCGCUGGCUGACGUACUAUCCCUCUGGGCAGCUUCUCAUUGUGGAUGGUCAGGAGCUGAGACACAACCCUGCCUCUGUAAUGGACAACAUCCAGAAGUUCUUGGGAGUUACGCCGCUCUUCAACUACACCCAGGCCCUCAGAUUUGAUGAAGCAAAAGGAUUUUGGUGCCAGCUGCUAGAUGGAGGAAAGACUAAAUGCCUAGGAAAGAGUAAAGGAAGAAAAUACCCCGAUAUGGAUUCCUUGUCACGGCUCUUUCUAAGAGACUUCUACCGGGAGCACAACAUUGAAUUAUCCAAGCUGAUGAACAGACUGGGGCAGCCCCUUCCAACCUGGCUCCGAGAGGAACUGCAAAACUCCAGCUGGAGCUGAGAGGGACUCCCUGGCGCCAGUGGUGCUCCAACGUGUGCUAUGAUGCCAUCUCUUGUCAAGCCAAAACAACUGGACAAAGGAGCAGAGAAUGUGCAUGUGGAGCCUUGCCCCACCCUUGGAAAGGGCUGCUGCCCUGACACUGCCUUGGGGCAUAGAGUGCAAGUCACAUUCUUGAGUAUUAAUGGUGUGCUACUACAAUUCGACUUUUACUUACGGAAAGGAUUUGAAAUGCCUGCCCUACUUAGAGCAGGGGAGAGAGCAGAGUUAACACUUUGUGCAUUUUUAAAUUACUUUUCUCAGUUUAUGAAACAGGCAUGAGCUGGAGUUAAUGUGUUACUCCUCUGAGCCCAGAAGUAAAGGCUGAAGAGGGGAGACAAUGAGCCCACUGCUGAGAAAAGAGCAGCAGCCUAAUAAAAGGGGAAUCUAGUGCAGUGAAGCCCAGCUUUUAUCCGUAGUCUGGCACAGCGAGGCCCAAGAACGCCUUGUCCCUGCCCCUGCCUGUUGCUUACAGUGCCGCUGCCUGGGGAUGGAGGGGACUGCACCUGCGGGGACGGGAGCGACAGGCACCCUUGUCUCUCCUUAUCUGCAGUGCUUGGGGUGGGAGACAGUGUCUGGUGACUCUGGUCAAUGAAUUACUUUGUUAGCUCAGAGAAAAGGUUUGCCACGUGUGGCAACGGGGCAAGUAUUUCUCUGCAGGGACUUUAAAACAUUUCAAAAGAGAACCAGAGGAGUUAAAAGGAGCAGUAAUGUCCCUGUAGCACACGGGAGGUGUGUGUAAGUGCAGCACAGCGGUGGGGGGAGGCGAAGCUCAGGUAUUGUAAACUAAGGCUGAUGUUACAGCUGAAAGCAGGCAAUUCAGUUCCCCGUGUCUGAUCAGCUUAAAAAAAUAUCCCUUUCCAACAAUUCCAGCGUUCCUACCACAUAGUCCAGUUGCUAGCACUGUUUUAAUCUUCUUGCACGCCAACAGUCCAAGGAGAAAAGGAAAAAAAAACAGUUAAAAGUAAGUAUUGUUCAGCUAUAAAGGGACGGCGUUGUACCAGAAGUGGAUUCCCAUGCCUAAAAGGGGCUUCUGCAAAGUACACCUAAGGUAUUUUGCCUCCUCCUGCAGUUGCUGAAUAAUUAUUCUCAGAGGAAAUCCUCCAUCAUGGUUGUACAUAUUUUCUUUGAGCCCUCCUUCCCAGGCACAGGUGGUCCUUGGAGAGUGCUGCAGAGGGGCAGGAUCCACAUGAACAAGUUAUGGAAACUUCCACAACUCUCACAAGCCACUUCUCUCUCAUCCAGAGAGAAGGUGCUUCAAAACUGAGCUUUUCCAUUGAGCCUUAGGUCUUGUGUAUUUCUGACUGAAUGGUGCAUUUACCGUUGUAUGUAAAUGUAUAUAGUAUGCAAUAUAGUAUUUUAUUUCAUGUGCCCUUGGAAAGGGUUAUUUUGUGCAGCCAAAAAAUGGAUGGAAAGACUAGAAACCCCUCUCUCAUUCCUGUUCGAGAGAAAAGCCCAACUUCCUGCACUUGAUUCAUGUAUAGCAUCAUUCACAUUGAAUGAUAAUGAAGAAAUUCUUGGCUCUUGAAGCUGAGCACAUGUGUCUCAAUAAAGGCUAGAAGUAGUAGUAAGUGGAGAUUCAAUAAAUGUACUACUUAUUUUUCUUC